AUGAGGCUGCUGCUCUUUUGCUGCGCACUUGGCGUGCUAACUGCUCCGGGUUAUGGAGGAGCCGUUAAGGAAACAGUGGACAUUAUCCGAUUGAUCCAGGACGUCACACACUCCAUCCUCAAGACCUGGGAUCUGAUCAACAAGAUGCCCGUGGCUGAGGUCACGGCGGGUGCUCUGAUCUACGAGAAUCAGCGCCAGAUGAUGAACAAAAUCGAGGAGGUGAACGGGAAUAUCCGGAGUCUGGAGGAGCAGCAGGAGCGGAGCACUGUUCUGACCAUUGAGACCCUCCUGAGGGAGACGCAGGCUCAAUCUCAGGUGCUCUACCGACUCAACCAACUGAAGGAUCUCACCAAGUCCAUAGAUCUGCGCUACGAACAGCUGCAGGGCUACGAGCAGGACAGGAAUUCGCUGGAGCCCAGCACUCUCAUCGCCUUUGCCAACUGGAACGUUAAUCCCGGCUCCAAUUCGCUUGCCUACUUGCUGCAACUGCACCAUGAUAGUCUGUAUUUGGGCGACUCCAUGGUCGAGGAGCAGGACUACAAGGACUCGCUGCUCUGGGAACUAACGGCCAGUGCCGACGCCUCUCCGGAGCAAAUGUGCCUGGCCAGGCAGUCUGCCCAACAGUUUGCCUACCAGCUCUUCUCCAAGUCAGUUCUCAGCGAGCUGAAGGGCUACAGCAUGAUUGAAUUCUCCUGGAUGUUAAUGCGCCAAUCCGGUCGCGGAAACUACACCCAGGAGCUGCUGCUGAUGCGCCGGAGCCACCAGAAGCGCAUCGAGCAGGCUCAGCAAGUGCUCCUGGCGGUCAUGACCCACAGCAGCCGGCUGUACUGGCGCUGCGAUCCCGGGAAAGAUGAGCAUGUGGAGGGCAAAACCUAUGAUCGUGUCACACGCCUGCUGCAAGGCUUCGUGGAGAACGAGGUCAACCUGAAUCCAGAACAGAGCUGCACGAGCGAUUGCCCCAGUUACCGGGACACCCGCUCCAGUGGCUGCUAUCAGCCGGAGGAGGAGUUCUGUGGCCAGCAGCCCGCCUGCAAGGGAAGGCUCUACAACUGCAACUCCAUCGACACGGACAUGUCGAUCUGUCUAGCCUCCAAUCGGUCUACAAGGCGCUAUGAAUACAUCAACUUCGGAGACGAUAAGUCCAACCAGGAUUGCAAAUCCAAGCUGCGGGAGCCCUCCUCCUGGUCGAGCUGGAUCUUCUGGCGCUGCCACUACUGCUUUUGCCUGUGCGAUGAACCGGGACCCAAGUCGGAUCGCUACUUUAACCUUCGUGAUGCGAUUACCGACUUCAAGCAGAACAAAAUUGUGACUGGCGUUAGGUUUGUGAAGAGCCAGCGCGUCUUCCACUUGCAGCUGCAGCAGGGUGAGCUUCUGCCCCGAGGAACCAUCAACAAUAGCUCUCUGGAAUGGCUGCCCGUGGAGGAUUACAACGUGAGCGAUGUGGACAUUCGCGAUGGCUACGACUACCACACCUUGAGCAUGGACAGCAGGGCCAUCGAUCUGGACGAGAUUUCGGUUAAUGCAACCGACCAAGUGGUCACCGGCGUCCGUUUCCGGAUCUUUAAGAAUCACCUGAACCUGGAGGUGCGUUUCUCUUUCUUCAAUUUCACCACCGGUCGUCUGAUCGAACCGCUGACCAAGAGCUAUUGGCUGGGCAAUGAAAAAAAUCAGCGAAACAAAUUUAUUUUGAAGGAAAGUGAUUUAUCCACCGCCUCGGAGCUUCCAUCGCUACCGCUUUCUAAGGACAACCAAUACCUGGAGUUUGUUAGCUCCAGCCAGUGGAAGGAUGCCGCUCAGAGCACUUUGCCUUUCGUAGAUGUCCAGGAAGUGGUGCCACAUCCGGCGGUUCCAUUGGCCGGCUUGGGAAUCUACUACAAGGGACGACCUGGUUACGGCGGCUUCCUUGCCCCCAAGGUGUUGACCUACGAUUUAAGCAAAGGGCUGCUGGAUCCACGCACCUAAGGACGUGGAAAAUUUGACGAAUUUCUUAUAUUUAACAAUAUGUUCCGAAAAAAGGGCGAA